GGGCCGGGGCGCGGGCGGCGGCGGCAGGAUGAACAGCAUCAAGAACGUGCCGGCGCGGGUGCUGAGCCGCAGGCCCGGCCACAGCCUGGAGGCCGAGCGCGAGCAGUUCGACAAGACUCAGGCCAUCAGCAUCAGUAAAGCCAUCAACAGCCAGGAGGCCCCAGUGAAAGAGAAGCAUGCCCGGCGCAUCAUUCUGGGCACUCACCAUGAGAAGGGGGCCUUCACCUUCUGGUCCUAUGCCAUUGGCCUGCCACUGCCAAGCAGCUCCAUCCUCAGCUGGAAGUUCUGCCAUGUCCUUCACAAGGUCCUCCGAGAUGGGCACCCCAAUGUGCUUCAUGACUGCCAGCGGUACAGGAGCAACGUCCGAGAGAUUGGUGACCUGUGGGGGCACUUGCAUGACCGGUAUGGACAGCUGGUGAAUGUCUACACCAAAUUGUUGCUGACAAAAAUCUCCUUCCACCUUAAGCACCCCCAGUUUCCUGCGGGUCUGGAAGUGACAGACGAGGUGUUGGAGAAGGCAGCUGGGACCGAUGUCAACAACAUCUUCCAGCUCACCGUAGAGAUGUUUGACUACAUGGACUGUGAGUUGAAGCUUUCAGAAUCAGUUUUCCGGCAGCUCAACACAGCCAUUGCAGUGUCCCAGAUGUCCUCCGGUCAGUGCCGCCUGGCCCCACUCAUCCAGGUCAUCCAGGACUGCAGCCACCUGUACCACUACACAGUCAAGCUCAUGUUCAAGCUGCACUCCUGUCUCCCGGCAGACACCCUGCAAGGCCACAGGGACCGGUUCCAUGAGCAGUUUCACAGUCUCAGGAACUUCUUCCGCCGAGCUUCGGAUAUGCUCUACUUUAAGCGCCUCAUCCAGAUCCCCCGACUGCCUGAGGGACCCCCCAACUUCCUACGGGCCUCAGCCCUGGCCGAGCACAUCAAGCCUGUGGUGGUGAUCCCUGAAGAGGCCCCAGAGGACGAGGAACCUGAGAACCUCAUUGAGAUCAGCAGUGGGCCCCCCGCUGCAGAGCCAGUGGUGGUGGCUGACCUCUUUGAUCAGACCUUUGGACCCCCCAAUGGCUCCAUAAAGGAUGACAGGGACCUCCAGAUCGAGAACUUGAAGAAAGAGGUAGAAACCCUCCGUGCUGAGCUUGAGAAGAUCAAGCUGGAGGCCCAGCGGUAUAUCUCGCAGCUGAAGGGCCAGGUGAAUGCCUUGGAGACAGAGCUGGAGGAACAACGGAAGCAGAAGCAGAAAGCCCUGGUGGACAACGAGCAGCUCCGCCAUGAGCUGGCACAGCUGAAGGCCGCACAGCUGGAGAGUGCGCGCAAUCAGAGCUUGCGAGAGGAAGCCGAGAGGAAAGCCAGUGCCACAGAGGCACGCUACAGCAAGCUGAAGGAGAAACACAGUGAGCUCAUCAGUACACAUGCAGAGCUGCUCAGGAAGAAUGCAGACACAGCCAAGCAGCUGACAGUGACACAGCAGAGCCAGGAGGAGGUGGCACGGGUAAAGGAGCAGCUGGCCUUCCAGAUGGAGCAGGUGAAGCGUGAGUCGGAGAUGAAGCUGGAGGAGCAGAGUGACCAGCUGGAAAAGCUCAAGAGUGAGCUGGCAGCCAAGUCUGGAGAGCUGGCUCUUGCACAGGAGGCCCUGAGCCGUACAGAGCAGAGUGAAUCAGAGCUGAGCUCACGGCUGGACACACUGAGUGCAGAGAAGGACACGCUAAGUGGGGCCAUGAGGCAGCAGGAGGCUGAGCUGCUGGCUGCCCAGAGCCUGGUGCAGGAGAAGGAAGAAGCACUGAGCCAGGAGCGGUGGCGCAGCUCCCAAGAGAAGAAUGAGCUGCAGGGGCGGCUGGCAGAGAAGGAGUCUCAAGAGCAGGGGCUGCGGCAGAAGCUGCUGGAUGAGCAGUUUGCAGUGUUGCGAGGUGCCGCUGCAGAGGGUGAGGCCAUCUUGCAGGAUGCUGUGAACAAGCUAGACGACCCAUUGCAUCUGCGCUGCACCAGCUCCCCAGACUACCUGGUGAGCAGGGCCCAGGCAGCCCUGGAUACUGUGAGUGCCCUGGAGAAGGGGCAUGCCCAGUACCUAGCCAACUGCACAGAUGCCUCUGCUCUGGUGGCAGCCUUGACCCGCUUCUCCCAUUUGGCCGCGGACACCAUCAUCAAUGGCAGUGCUACCUCCCAUUUGGCCCCAACCGACCCUGCCGACCGCUUGAUGGACAUGUGCAGGGAAUGUGGGGCCCGGGCUCUAGAGCUCCUGGGGCAGCUGCAGGACCAGACAGCGCUGCCAAGGGCACAGCCCGACUUGCUGCGGACUCCCCUUCAGGGCAUCCUUCAGCUGGGCCAGGAGCUGAAGCCCAAGAGUCUGGAUGUGCGACAAGAGGAACUAGGGGCCAUGGUUGACAAAGAGAUGGCAGCCACCUCUGCAGCCAUCGAGGAUGCUGUGCGGAGGAUCGAGGACAUGAUGAACCAGGCCCGCCAUGAGAGCUCAGGAGUGAAACUGGAGGUGAAUGAGAGGAUUCUCAACUCCUGCACAGACCUGAUGAAGGCCAUCCGGCUCCUAGUGAUGACAUCUACCAGCCUGCAGAAGGAAAUUGUGGAGAGUGGCAGGGGGGCAGCCACACAGCAGGAAUUUUACGCCAAGAACUCCCGGUGGACUGAAGGCCUCAUCUCCGCCUCCAAGGCCGUGGGCUGGGGAGCCACACAGCUGGUGGAGUCUGCUGACAAGGUGGUGCUUCACAUGGGCAAGUAUGAAGAGCUCAUCGUCUGUUCCCAUGAGAUUGCAGCCAGCACAGCCCAGCUGGUGGCAGCCUCCAAGGUAAAAGCUGACAAACACAGCCCCCACCUGAGCCGCUUGCAGGAAUGCUCCAGAACCGUCAAUGAGAGGGCUGCCAGUGUAGUGGCCUCUACCAAGUCAGGCCAGGAGCAGAUUGAGGACAGAGACACCAUGGAUUUCUCUGGCCUGUCCUUGAUCAAGCUGAAGAAGCAGGAGAUGGAGACCCAGGUGAGAGUCUUGGAACUGGAGAAGACACUGGAGGUAGAGCGUGUGCGGCUCGGGGAGCUGCGGAAGCAGCACUAUGUGUUGGCUGGAGUGAUGGGAACAUCUAGUGAGGAGGAGCCCAGCCGGCCCAGCCCUGUACCCCGAAGUGGGGCCACCAAGAAGCCACCUCUGGCCCAGAAGCCCAACAUAGCCCCCAGACAGGACAACCAGCUGGACAAGAAGGAUGGUGUCUACUCGGCUCAACUCGUGAACUAUUAGACCCACAACAGGUUCAGCAGGGUAGCUUGAGGCCUCGGCUGUCCUGCAAGGGACAAGGGGCCUCCAAUCCUUGUACCCUGUUCCUGGAGCAUUGUCCCCAGGGCCUCACAGCCUUCACUAGCCUGAAGAGGCCUGAGCUACAUGGGACAUCUAUUUAUCUUCAGUAGGAACUGCCCACAGCAGCUGGGAACCAGCAGGCCCAAGCACAACUCUGCAGCAAAUAUGGAAUGUUUUUAAUAUUCUGAGUCUUUUCUUCCUAAGUUUCUAGUUAUCACACUGGGAAAACAGGGCCAUGCAAGGGCCUCCCUGCCACUGGUGUCCAAAUCUGAGGCUGUCUGAAGGCAGGAUCCUUGCUAGCUAUCAGGGAUAAGGGAAUGGCCCCCUAUGUCCUUUGUGGGGCAGAUUGCCUGAGGUACCCUUAGGCUGUGUGGCCCCAGGCAGAGCAGGUGGGCCGGAGCAGAGGGUGUCACACUCUGUGAGCCUGGUGCUAGGGCAUUCAUGUUGGGAGCCCCAGCGCUGUGGGAACCUGGCAGCUGGGACUGGCUGAGGCUGCUGCUGGGGGCCCAUGGCCUGCCCUGACUCAGGUGCUGUCUCUGCUCCCCAAGUGUUCAUUUCCAUCUGGACUCUGUGGCCGCCUUCCCACUUCCUGUUUUCAUUCUCCUGGCCUAGCUGGCCCUGCCCAGUUAUGGCUCUUCCAUCUUCCACCUUAGGCAGAUUCUAGCCCUUCCAAAAUGGACCUUAGCUCCCUAGCUCAGAAAAUGCCCAGAAACUCGAAACCACAGGCCCACUUUUGGGUGUGUGUGUGAGGAGAGGGUGAGAUAGAUUCCUGGCCUUGCCCAUCCCUUUCAGGUUUCAAUAAAUUAGUGUCCCUUGAGCCUAUGGGGACUAGUCAAGUGGGGGUGGACAAGAUUGUCAGAUCCAGCAGCUGGACUUGACAAGUGUUCAGCCUCCAGCUGUCCGCAUGCCCUGGUCUGGGGCUGUGGGAGGGAGCCAACUCUUGCCCUGUUUAGUAUUCUCUGUGUGGAGGUUCCAUUGGCAAUAAAAUGCACUGACUGUUGUCA